CUGAACUCCAUCUCCCUUCAAAUUUAGGCGCAAAACCAUUCCAAGCUAGCUUGUUUGAUCAACUUGUCAAAAAGAUAUGGGUAGUGAAUAUCACACUUCACACAUUUUUUUCUUUCCUUUUCUUGCUCCUGGUCAUAGCAUACCAAUGGUUGAUAUGGCCAAACUAUUUGCAUCAAAAGGUGUUAAAGCCACAAUCAUUACCACACCCCUCAAUGAACCAUGCAUCUCAAAAUCUAUAGAAAAGUCCAAAAUUAAUGGCCACAAUAUACACAUCAAAACCAUUGAGUUUCCAUCCUCACAAGUUUGUUUACCAAAUCAGUGUGAAAAUAUUGAUUCAAUUCCUUCACCCGAAACCUUUACUACGUUUUGUAAAGCCACAAAGUUGUUACAAGAGCCACUUGAGAAACUACUACUUGAGCAAAAUCCAGACUGUGUUGUUUCUGACUUGUUUCUUCCAUGGACAUAUGAUUCUACUGUCAAAUUUGAAAUUCCUAGAAUUGUGUUUAAUGGUUGUGGUUUCUUCUCCUUGUGUGCUGUAGAGUGUAUGAGACUCUAUGAACCUUUGAAGAAUGUUUUUUCUGAUUCAGAAACCUUCGUUAUUCCUAAUCUUCCCGGUGAGAUUAAAAUGACAAGGUUACAGAUACCACCUUUUGAGAUAUUGAAGGAAUUUGAAGGAAUGGCGAGAUUACUACGAGAAGCAAAAGAAUCAGAAUUGAAGAGCUUUGGAGUAAUUGUUAACAGCUUUUAUGAACUUGAAAAUGUUUAUGCAGAUUAUUACAGGAAAGCACUUGGAAGAAAAGCAUGGCAUAUUGGUCCUUUGUUUCUUUGCAACAAGGAUAUAGAGGAAAAAGCAAAUAGAGGAAACUCGGAUUCUAUUGAUCAGCACGCGUGCUUAAAAUGGCUUGACGCGAAGAAACCCAAUUCAGUAGUUUACUUAUGCUUUGGAAGUAUGGCAAACUUUUCUGACACUCAGCUUAGAGAAAUUGCUAUGGGACUCGAGGCGACAGGGAAAAAUUUCAUUUGGGUGGUGAGGAGAAGCAAAGAAGAUCGAGACGAAUGGUUACCAGAAGGAUUUGAGAAGAAAAUGGAAGGAAAAGGAGUAAUUAUAAGAGGUUGGUCUCCACAAGCGUUGAUUCUUGAACACGAAGCAACAGGGGCAUUUGUGACUCAUUGCGGAUGGAAUUCGAUAUUAGAAGGAAUAACUGCAAGGGUGCCUAUGGUAACUUGGCCUGUUGCUGCUGAGCAAUUUUACAAUGAGAAAUUGGUGAAUGAGGUACUUAAAAUUGGUGUACCAGUUGGUGUUAAGAAAUGGGUUGGAUUGGAAGGGGAUAGUGUUGAAUGGAAUAAAGUGGAGAAGGCUGUGAAGAGGAUUAUGGAAGGGGAAGUAGCAGAGGAAAUGAAGAACAAUAUCAAAGUGUUAUCAGAGUUGUCUAAGAGGGCUGUGGAAGAAGGUGGAUCAUCUUACUCAGAUUUGAAUGUUUUAAUUGAGGAGUUGAGUUUGCUUAGGCAUUAAAAUUCUACACAAUAAUGUAUUACUAAUGCUUUGAUAUGCAUAUAUGUUGUCUUGUUUGUAUCUUCUCGUUGCUUUGUUAUCUGAAUUUCAAUAAUUUAAGUUAAAUG